GCCAGGCCGGGUUUUCAGUGAAGCGAUUGGUUACAUCCUACGCAUGCGUAAUGAAUGCGGUCAGUGGGUAUCGGCCAUUUUCUACAUGCGUUUGUGAGGCGGUGGUCGAGACCCUGCUGGUAGCGCAUUUUAUUUUAAUUUGGCAUAUAUUUAUAUUUUUUUCCUGGUGGUUCUGUCUCCUACGGGAUAACAUGGCAGACAAUCAGUCACCCGGGGACUCCGGCUUGUCUCAUGGCUCGGAACCAGAGAUCAAAAAGCUAAGCGAACUGCGAGUCAUUGAUUUAAAGGCCGAGCUUAAAAAGCGGAAUGUGGACACCGGUGGGAAUAAGAGUGUUCUCAUGGAGAGGCUUCGCAAGGCUAUUGAAGAUGAGGGAGGAAAUCCAGAUGAGAUACAAGUAUCAUCCGACACACCAAGCAAAAAGACUCCAAAACGAAGUGGUAGAGUGCGUAAAAUGGAAGAAGGGGACGAUAAUGGUGUCGAAGAUGAUUCUGGAGAUAACCAGGAAACUGAAGACCCGAGCAUGGAGCAAGAAAAUGAGAGCGUACACAUCAUAUUGGGGGAAAAUGAUGAAUCUGAGCCACUUAAGGAAGAUGUUCCAGAAGUAGAGGAGUCAGUUAAGGAUGAAAUUUCAUUGGAACAAGAGAAGAUCAAAGAGGAAGAUGUUUUUGUAACAGUUGAAUCAGCUGACACAUUAGAUUUAGCUGGAGAGUCCAAUCAAGAGGGAGAAACUGAAGAAAUUAAAACUUUAGAGUUAGAUGAUAGGGAAUCUAAUGAACAAAACACAAGCAAGGAAAAUGUGGACAUUGAUAUGGUAGAUGUAGAAAAAACAAGUGAGCAGAAUAGCCAAGCACAACAAAAUCUUAAAGACUUGGAUUCAGAGGAAAAACCUGCUGAUGAAGCUAAAGAUGCAGAAGAACCAAAGAAAACUGAAGAAUGCAGAGAGGAAGAAGCAUCUGCCACUAAAGCGUCCUCUGCAAAUGAGGAUGAUCAGAAGAUGAGCUCUGUUGAAGAAGAGAUUGAGAAAAGUAUGUCAAAAGAUGAGAAAGGUCAAAUUGAUGCUAGUUCUGGAAGAAAUCUUUGGGUAAGUGGCCUUUCCUCCACCACAAGAGCAACAGAUCUGAAAAAUCUCUUCAGCAAAUAUGGAAAGGUGGUUGGUGCAAAGGUGGUAACAAAUGCCCGUAGUCCUGGAGCGCGUUGUUAUGGAUUUGUUACAAUGUCCUCUUCUGAGGAUGCAACAAAGUGCAUCAGUCAUCUUCACAGGACAGAGCUACAUGGAAGAAUGAUAUCAGUGGAGAAAGCAAAAAAUGAACCAGCUGGAAAGAAACCUUCUGACAAGAAAGAUAAUGAGCCAAAGAGAGAGAAGUCCUCAAGCAGUGAUAGACGCCAUUCAACUGAUAAAUCAGAGAAGACUUCUCCCACCAAAAAAGAUGAAGGCUCUGACAAAAAAGAUGAUGAAGAAAAGCCUGCAGACAAUAAGGAAAAAGAAAAGGAGGAGCACAAAUCUGGAACAUCAGAUCGGUCAAGAAGCAGCAAAUCUGGUAGUAGAGGAACUGAAAGAAUUGUUGUAAUGGAUAAAUCAAAAGGAGAACCAGUCAUAAGUGUAAAAACCUCAUCCGAUUCUAAAGAAAGGAGCUCUAAAAGUCAGGAGCGCAAGUCUGAGAGCAAAGAAAAGAAAGAGAUUCUCUCCUUCGAUAAGAUUAAAGAACAAAGAGAACGCGAGCGGCAGAGGCAGAGAGAGCGAGAGAUCAGAGAAAUGGAGAGACAAAGGGAACGAGACCGCAGAGCCCGUGAACGUGUUCUUAUGAUACGAGAAAGAGAAGAACGGGAGAGACUGCGAAGGGAGCGCGCCAGGCUUGAGUUUGAAAGAGACCGUCUUGAUCGAGAACGUAUGGAGCGCGAGAGACUAGAAAGAGAGCGAAUGCGUAUAGAAGAAGAGCGGCGAAUAGAGCAGGAGCGCAUUCACAGGGAAAGGGAGGAGCUUCGUCGUCAGCAAGACCGAUUACGCUAUGAACAGGAUCGCAGACCGGGAGUGAGAAGGCCAUAUGAUUUUGAUGCAAGGAGAGAUGAGCCCUACUGGCCGGAAUCAAAGAGAAUGGCUUUGGAUGACCGAUACAGAGAUUUUGACCGGUUUCAUAACUUCGACAGAGAUCGUGGUCGGUAUCCAGAUCAUAUGCACAUAGACAGGAGAGAAGACGGAAGGGGCGGGAUGGGAGGUAGAGAAGGAAAUUAUCCAGAUCGUCAUGGAAGAGAUCCUAGAGAUGGAUGGGGAGGAUAUGACAGACGCAUGAAUGAAGGUCGUGAUGUCCCCCCACAAGGAAGAGAUGGUCGGGAUUGGGAUCGUAAAGUUGAACCAGAUAGACAAAGGCCAGGAGUUGUGGAUGGCAUGGUAGCAAGAGACCACGACAGGUGGCAAGGUGAUCGUGCCAUGCCUGGUCCUGGGCAAGGACAUGUAAUGAACUGAGGAGAAAUGCACAGCAGCUUUCCACCUGGCGAGGGUUCCACAGGGUAUAUCCGCUAUUUUUGACCAUCAAGAAGGAUGUUUUGGAGGACAAUAUACACCCGAUGACCCCAGAUUCAGUCGUUAUUAAAUAUUUUAAGCAUUUCUUUUUAACAGUGUGGCGUUAAGGACUUUGUGUACAAAAGAUUUUUGUCUAUUUUGAACUGACCUGAUUUUGCCUUGUUGAACAUUUUUGUUAAUAAACCAUUGUUUCUGAGGAAACAUUCCAUUCUCGUAAUUGUGUGUACAGUUUCAGUGUGAUAUAUUUGAGAUUUUCCUCCCGAAAGCCUUAAAUAAAUGUUUUAUUUGAAA